CGAAAAGUUGUGCUUACGACGUUGCGCGUUACUCUGUCCGUUCUGUCCAGAACGUCCAGAAUCAAGAGACUCGGUAGUUUAUUUUUUUUCCUAAAACGAAAUAUUGUGUUUACCUUUUUUUUAAGAAUCACUUUGUGCCAAACAAUACCUAACAAAGUCAUAUUUCUUGUAUUUCAUGGGACCUUGAAAUACGUGAAUGUUUGAAUAUAAACACACUCGUUGAGUGUUGCAUCGAGAGGUUAUAUGAUCUUAAUACUUCACGCAUAUCAAGUAGAUUGAUAAUCAAAAUGUCUAAACGUAAAUUAGAUGAGUAUUUGGAAACUCCUUCGAAUCCUACGUAUUAUAAAGUUCCACCCAAUAAAUCCACGACUGUGCAAAAUUCUCUUGACUCCGAUGAGGAAGAUGCUGAAGUGAACGAAGACCGAUACAAUGUUAUGAACGAAGAGGAAUUCGAGGGUAUCGACGAUGAACCCUUGACCGCUGAAACCAGUGCAGGAUUCACUGCAUUCAAUAUGAAAGAGGAACUUGAAGAAGGUCAUUUUGAUAAAGAAGGACAUUAUCUUUGGAACAAGGAAAAAGAAAUCCGAGAUAAUUGGUUAGAUAAUAUAAAUUGGGUUCAGAUUAAACCCAGAGCCGAAGGAGAAAAAUCAAGUGUCAAAGACAAUGAAUCUAAAGGUUUAGCAGACAGUGACAGUGAAGAUGAUGACGAUAUCCUUUUUGAUCCCACCCCUCUUUAUAAGCAAAUUCUCGAAUACUUAGAGACAGGGGAAACAGUAUCAAAAGCUUUGUGUAGGCUCGGCAAGGGUAAAAAGAGAAUGACAACAGCGGAAAGAUGGAAAAAAAAGAAAGAACUGGCGAAAAAGCAAGGAGCCGAAAACGAAGGGGGUUCUCAAAAAGACGCAGAUCCCAAAAAACCAGAGGAUGGAAAAAAUGCAACUGUUAGCGACGAAAGUUCAGACAAAAUAGUCAAAUUGACUGAGCUUGCUAACGAACUACUGACACGCACUGGAAAUAUGGACAUUUACCAGGAGAGUUAUGAUUCCAUCAAGAAAAAGGUCGAAAAAUGUGACAAACAAGAAGCCGAGUUGGAUAUGUAUGCAGAUGAUUUCGAUACGAAAGAGAAGGCCAAAUUCACAGAGAACAAUUUGACGAGUGGAGAGAAAACAAUGGAAACAGAAGAAUCGAAUCGAAAAGACCAAUCGGAUGAUGAGAGUGUGACGUGGGAAUUGAAAUGGUCACAGAACGACGAUGCUGAGAUAAACGGUCCUCAUACAACGGAACAGAUGCAGGCAUGGUCAAAAGAAGGAUACUUCAAAAGCGGCGCAUGGGUUCGACGAACCGGCCAGCAGGGACAGUUUUACAGUGCUGCGAGGGUUGAUUUUGAGUUGUAUUUGUAAAUUAUUGUAGAUCUUAUUUGCAAGUAGACCAAAAUGAAUUAUUGAAGAUUUUACGAGCUUUUAAUUUUCUAGAAGUUCACGAAUGAUUAGAGAAUGCGAUUUUUUUCAAUAACGAAAAUUUAUUCCAGAUUUCAUAAAUAAUUUGUUGGACUCUGUCUCCUCAAAUCUCGUGUCUUUCUUCCAUGAUUCAUGUAUGUUGCGUUUGGUCCAACACACUUUUUGUAAUAAGUAAUGCAGUCUUCAUUCUCAAAUUUUGUUGAAUUUCGUCUUGUAACGCCAAACCUAAAAGGAUAUGAGAUUCAGUUAUGGAAAAUUCAGUUGAAACAACAAAAUAAAAGAACGAUAAUUGUG